AGCAUAGAUUUAUCACCACCGUUUUGCAUAUAUUUCACCAUCACUGAUGAACCUGAUGAGUGGGUAUGUCUCUUUAAGAGGAAGGAAAUCAAAGACACGGAACUGCUUCCUCCUUACCCCACAACCAAAACAGUGGUCCGCUAUGGGAGAGUCCGCGUCUUCGGGAGGUCUUCUCGUCUAGCUGCUGCCAGCAGCCUGCUGGUGUCAAAUCGUCCGGAUCAUCGUCUCCUCCACCAUGCUGCAGCUGAACGACGCGGUGGAGCCGGAGAGCCCGGGUGUUGCGGUUCUCCAUCCCGCAGAGAUCGAGGAGGGUGUCGAGGUUGCCUUCACGCCGCCGGAGGCCGCCUCCCGAACCCUCGGACACGCAGCCUCCGUGGCCUGCUGUCCCCCCUUGCAGACGCUGACGCCUUUCCAUGUGCACAACCCCACGAUGCAGGCGAAGGUGAAGGACUACUUCGUGUUCAGGCCAGGUACCAUUGAGCAGGCUGUGAUCGACAUCCGGACUGUGGCUCUUCCAUCCGAGGACGGGGAGGUGCUCAGCGUCUGGCUGCUGGCAGAAGUCGACCACUGGAACAAUGAAAAGGAGAAACUAGUUCUUAUAACAGACAAGUCUUUGCUGGUGUGUAAGUAUGACUUCAUCAAUUUGCUGUGUCAACAAGUGAUCCGGAUCUCCCUCAACGCUGUGGACACCAUCUCCAUUGGAGAAUUUGAGUUUCCACCCAAAUCCCUUAACAAAAGAGAGGGCUACGGGAUCCGUGUCCAGUGGGACAAACGACCACGAGCUUCGUUCUUGAACCGCUGGAACCCCUGGUCCACAGAAAUGCCCUAUGCCACCUUCACAGAGCAUCCCAUGGCCCGUGCUGAUGAGAAGGUGGCCUCUCUCUGCCAGUUGGACAACUUCCGAACCCAGCUGGUGCAGGCGGUGAAGAAGGCCCAUAAGGAGCACCCAAUCCCGGGUCGGGCUAACGGCGUCCUGAUCCUGGAGCGACCCCUGCUCAUCGAGACGUAUCUAGGGAUCAUGUCCUUCAUCAACAACGAAGCAAAGCUGGGCUACUCCAUGACACGUGGGAAGUUCGGCUUUUAAAUCAGUUGUGUUUAUGUUCUACCACUCUGUUCAAAGGAACGCUCCAGAUUAAGGUGUGCAUCAAGUCAUUACAUGUUCACACCACCUGACGUUGGUGUCACUGCUGUUCGAUCUGCAGCUGAUAAAAGCUGUGCACACUACGCCUUAUGCAGCUUGUAGUCAUUUAAAAUUAAUUGGGGGUGAAAGCUACACUGCUCACUUGAAGCUUCCAGAACUAACGAGAUGUUUGAGUUUGGCUGGUUAGAUGAAGAAUUUCAUUAGUUUGUUUUUCUGCAGAAACAACAAAGAGCUCCAUCAGAUAAAAUCCACGAAACCACGUUAAACCACGUUAAACGACAUUCAGAAUUCUUCUUUAACAUGGUUUGAAAUUAGAAUGGCAACAAUUGGAGGUGAUUUAGUCAUGUGACACGAUGGGAGCAUUUCAACAUCAGUGAGGGGAAAAGGUUGCAUAACUAUCCUGUAGCUUGUUGUUCUUGCACGUAUUUAUUUGCUUUGAAGAGAGAGCUAGUGACAGGGCUAGAUAAACGUCAUUAGGAAACCCUCAUUUUUUAUCGUUUACUUCCAGGAAAAAAAAAAAACUCAAUGGUGUUCAACAUUUAACCAGGAUUUUUAAGGAACUCUAGUAGUUUUGGUUUGUUUCAGUCUGGCCGUUUAACUGGUUUAGAGCCAUUCAAGCUUUAAAAUGAAAACGUAACUUCUUUAAAUUUCCAUCAAAAACAAAGGUCAGGGAUCAUUUUUACUGGCAAAGAAAGAUCUAAACAUCUAAAAAGAGACAACUUGGUGUAUUUUAGCAGGACUCUUAUAAAUGGGACGUGACAGGUUUCAGGCAUAAAAGACUAUUUUUUUAACGGUCAGUGUUAUAAGCUGAUAUUCUCAAACAGAUCCCUCAAAUAUCUGCCGGAUCCAAAUUACGCCUUUUCCUUAAGUUGAUGUAUCAUUUUGAUGACACUAACAUGUAAAGUAGCAAAGGGUUCGUUUUAAGGUCAGCUGUUAGUGAAGUUAUCCCUUAUGCAUAAACACAACACGGGUUCAUUCCUUCAGGUUAGGAGUUUUUAAUGUUCGAAUGACUCCGUCCAUGUAAUCUAGAAGGUGGGAGGAAAGUGAAAAUGGUAACAUAUGAAGACUGCUAAUGAGUAAAAUGUCUAUUAUUAUUUUAUGACCUUAUAAAACCUGGAGAAUGAAAGCCAAGCUCAUUGGAAACUGAAGACAUUCGUGUAAUAAAGCAUGGUUCAUCUCAAGUUUUUUCUAGAUAGAAAUUCUGUACUUUUUUCUUUGACAUUUCCUUAAAUGUUGAACAAGUUUAUUUAAAUGUUAUGUUGUAAAAUUUGAGUUCUAUAGUGUCUGCACAAGCGUCUAGAACUGGGACGUGGGGGUCAAUAAGUGUUGCUGUCCAACCAAAGCUUACAAAAUGCUAUGCUAAGCUAAAGCGUCACGUCCUGCACUUAUGCAUGUUCCUCGCAUGUAGUUUGCACAACAGGUUUUUUUUGGUGUUAAAUAAUAUUCUGAGUGAAAAUGCAAAUGGCGAUUAUUUAACAGGAUUUCAUGGAAGCCAAAAAAAGCUUCUUUAGUGAUUUUAUUGUUUGGAAGUAUUUGAUGUGAAAUUGUCUAAAUGCCUCUUUUGUUCUGAAGAUUUGCAGCACAGCAGCUACAAUGGGAAAUAAUAAAAAAAGAUUUUGUAACA